GUUGCCGAAAAAGCUAUUUCCAGUCUUCUUGAUCUGAAGCUUCGCCUUUAUCAACGCCUUGCUCUGUUUCGCACCUUCACCCAAAUUUCUGUUGACGAGUCAUUAUCCUCCCCCUCUCCUUCAACCCAAAAUUUGCCGGCUUAUUCAUCAUUUCGCGAUCCGGACUUAUGUGAUGCUCAAGUUGCCUCUAAUUCUGCAGGCCCCGAUUCUAGAUUUAAUUCUCGUUGCAACUCUUCAAUUAUUGGCAAUUCUAUCAAGCGUGAAUGGCCUCGAGAACGACAACGUCUCAUAAAUCGACUUCGUCAUUCGCAGAAACGCUAUGCUGAUUUGGCUAAUACUAUUAGGUUGGCCGUAGAUGAUUGUGAAAAGCAUGUUACUGCAACACGCCUCCAUUUACGCGAAACAGCUGAUUCGGCCCAGGCCACAUUACAAAUGUUAUCUAAUGGUGGUCUCGUAGUUACUCCUAUAGCCAAUCAACCGAAGGUCGCCAAGCCUAUAAUCUCCUCUAAUCCAAAUUCUAGACGAUCCUAUGUCAACGACCUUCCAUUUACCAUCAACCCUUCGUUAGCAUUUGGUCAUAGGAAUUGUUCUUCGGCUCCACUGAUCCCACUUAGCGUUAGUUCUUUUACUUCAGCUUCGACUCCUACCUCAGCUAGCCCCAGUCAAAUCAAUGCGGCUGGCAGUGUGAUUACUCUGGAGAAUGCGUUUAGCCCGGCUUUGCACCAAAUCAACUCUCAGCUUUGA